CGGAGGCGGGGGCGAUGGAGGUGGAGGAUCCAGAGGUGGGGGGCGACGGAGGCGGGCGGAUCUGGAAGACGACCUGGGUGGAGACGAGGAGAGAAUUCAAAACUGAAGGGUAACCUGGUCAUUUCGCUGCUUUUUCACCUGGUCGGAAAAAACCCCAGCGUCAUGUAUUUCGGAACGGAGGGAGUAAAUAGCAAGUAGGCAAUGGAAUCAGCGGGGGCGACCGCCAGCGUCGGCGCCGAGAAGAAUUCAUGGCCGGAGGUGGUCGGCCUGUCUUCGGAGGAGGCCAAGAAGAAGAUCACAGAGCACAAGCCCGACGCCGGCGCCGAGAAGAAUUCAUGGCCGGAGGUGGUCGGCCUGUCUUCGGAGGAGGCCAAGAAGAAGAUCACAGAGCACAAGCCCGACGCCGGCGCCGAGAAGAAUUCAUGGCCGGAGGUGGUCGGCCUGUCUUCGGAGGAGGCCAAGAAGAAGAUCACAGAGCACAAGCCCGACGCCGGCGCCGAGAAGAAUUCAUGGCCGGAGGUGGUCGGCCUGUCUUCGGAGGAGGCCAAGAAGAAGAUCACAGAGCACAAGCCCGACGCCGGCGCCGAGAAGAAUUACGUCCACGUCGUUCCGCCCGACGCCUUCUGUCACCAUGGAUUACAACACCGGCCGAGUCAAGGUGUUCGUCGACUCCAGCGACAAGGUCACGAAAGCUCCCAGGAUUGGCUUAGCUAG